AAAAAAAGAAACACAGACAAGAAAAGAAAAAAAAACAGAUCUUUUUUCUUCUCCAAUGGCUUCUUCUUCUUCUUCCUCACUUCAAUUCCUUCUCUUUCUCACACUACUUUCUCUCACCUCUUCUUCAUUUUCACAAAACCCCAUCUUACCAAAAGCAGCGAUUCUCCCCUUAAAGAAAGACCCCACAACUCUGCAGUACAUCGCCACUGUUUUCAUGGGCGGAACCCUCGCCGCCGUCGAGCUGGUGGUCGAUAUCAACGGCGGCUUCGUCUGGGUCGACUGCGAAUCGAACCCUACUCUCAGAUCUCACGAGCCCAUCAAGAGCUGCUCUCUGAAGUGUUCAAUGGCGAAGAAUCCAGUCAACGGCUGCCACAGCGCCUCCAAGAAUUGUCUUUUACACCCCGAAAACACUGUUUCGAGAAUGUCGGUGUCCGGAGAUCUGAACGAAGAUCGAGUGGCGAUGGAGUUUUGGGAGAGGAAUAUUGGGUCGCGCUCGUUGGCUAAAAUCGAGAAUUUCUUGUUCUCGUGCGCGCCGAAUUUGUUGAUGAAGGGUUUGGCUAGUGGCGCGAAAGGGAUGCUAGGGUUAGGGAAUUCUAGAAUCUCGUUUCCGUCGCAAUUCUCCACCGAAUUCGGUUUUUUCCGUCGCAAAUUCUCGCUUCGUCUUUCGUCGUCAAAGGGUUCGAUUUUCUUCGGCGGGAGCCCCUACGACGAGAGCUCGAUGGUGUACACUCCGUUGACUUUCUUGAAAAAUGGGUUCUUCUUGCAGGAUGGGUACUACAUAAAUGUGGGGUCAAUCAAAGUUUCCGGCAAGAAGGUGUCUCUGCAGCGAAAAGGGCUUCCUUUUAAGACAAAAUUGAGUACACUUGUUCCGUACACGACAAUGCAGAGCGGCGUUUACCGGGCAUUCGUCGAGGCCUACCUCGACGCAGCUAGUGCGAUGAACAUGACUCGGGUUUCGGCCGUGGCUCCGUUUGAGGUGUGUUUUGGUUCGAAAGGGGUGGGGAAUAUUCCCGAUGUGCCGAUUGUCGAUCUUGUUUUGCAGAGUGAGAUGGUGAGGUGGAGAAUUCACGGGAGGAACUCGAUGGUUGACGUUGGCGACGGAGUUUUCUGUUUAGGGUUCUUGGAUGGGGGAUUGAGCCCUAGGGAUGCAAUUGUUUUGGGGGGUUAUCAGAUGGAGGAUUACUUGUUGGAGUUUAAUUUGGGGAAUUCGAUGCUCGGGUUUUCGUCGUUGGCAACGGUGGAGAAGAAUUCGUUGUCGGAUUUCGAAGCAUUGUCCGGAUAAUUUGUAUAAGAUAUAUAUUAGUUAAGGAUGUUACAUGGUUUAAACACAUGUAAUACAUAGGUAGAUUUACAUUAACUGAAUGAAUGCAACUCUUGUUUUGUACUAAUUAAUUUAAUGAGAUUUAGUUAAAUU